CCCCUUCACUUCCCAAUCAUUUGUCACUUUUUGCCUUGUUCCUCCUAAAUUCGGAAGUAACUUUAACGUGCUCUCUACUUGGCUUAAUUCAUCGAUCGUUAUGACUCGGAAAAAAAUCUCAGAGAAAACUCCUGAGGCAGAAGAGAAAGAUGUCAAAAGAACUCUUUUAUCCAAUUCUUUAAAAGGUUGUAUUUCUUCAAAAACUUCUCAACUGCCAAGUGUUAGUGUACCUUUACCUUUACCAGAAGAUACUUCAUCUACUGUUAGUACCGUAAGUGAUCUUGAAAACAACCGCGGAACAUGGGGAAGACAGCUGGACUUUUUCCUAUCAUGUGUUGGGUAUGCAGUUGGACUUGGAAAUAUAUGGAGGUUUCCGUAUUUGUGCUACCAAAGUGGUGGUGGAGCUUUUCUAGUCCCUUACAUUAUUUUCCUGAUUAUCUGUGGUAUGCCAUUAUUCUUCUUAGAAAUGAGUUUUGGCCAAUUUUGCAGCCUUGGACCUUUAGCUGUAUGGAAAAUUUCACCAUUAUUUCAAGGUCUAGGUUAUGGGAUGGUGCUUAUUUCUGGAAUUGUUUGCAUUUACUAUAAUGUCAUAAUUGCUUGGACAUUGUAUUACAUGUAUCACUCCUAUAGUGUACAAUGGUCAACUUGUGGUAAUUGGUGGAAUACUCCUAACUGUGUGGAAGGCACAGCACGCUAUAAAAAUAAUACUGUCAUUGAUAGCAACUCAACAUUAAAUUAUGAACCCAUAACACUUAGUUCAAUAACUACAAAUUCUACAAAAACUACAUCUAGUGAAGAAUUUUGGUUAUUUAAUGUGCUUCAACAAAGUUCAGGUAUUGAUGACUUGGGAGGAAUACUUUGGCCUCUUGUUUUGACAUUAUUCAUAGCAUGGCUUGUGGUGUUUUUGUGUCUUUUGAAAGGAGUUAAGUCGUCUGGAAAGGUCGUUUAUGUUACUGCAACUUUUCCAUAUGUAGUUCUUGUGUGUUUGCUAAUCAGAGGUAUUACAUUACCUGGAGCAAUGAAUGGAAUUCUUUUUUAUCUAUCACCACGUUGGGAGCUUUUAUUAUCAUUUAAAGUAUGGGGUGAUGCAGCAACUCAAAUAUUCUACUCUGUUGGAGGUGCAUGGGGUGCUGUGAUUACUAUGUCAAGCUACAAUAAAUUUUCAAAUAAUGUUUAUAGAGAUUCUAUACUUAUUCCAAUUAUAAACUGUGGUACAAGUAUUUUUGCUGGAUUUGUUGUAUUUUCAAUAAUUGGAUUCAUGGCAUAUGAAACUGGCAAAUCAAUUGAAGAAGUUGUUUCACAAGGACCAGGUCUUGCAUUUGUUGUAUAUCCAGAGGCUGUAUCCAGAUUGCCUCUUUCGCCCUUGUGGGCAUUUCUUUUUUUCAUUAUGCUUUUUUCCAUUGGUUUGGAUAGCCAGUUUGGAAUGUUUGAAACUAUGGUUAGUGCAUUUGUGGAUAAAUUUCCUAUUCUGCAAAAACGGAAGGCCCUCUUUACUGCUGCAUUAUGUUUUGUGAUGUUUCUGCUGGGUUUGCCAUGUGUUACACAGGGUGGAAUGUAUGUCCUUCAAUUAAUGGAUUGGUAUAGUGCUGCGUUUUCUCUCAUGAUAAUAUCAUUGUUGGAAUUAAUAUGCAUUUCAUGGAUUUAUGGUGUGGAUCGAUUUAUGCAAGACAUUUCCUUAAUGAUUAAAAGACCUCCACCUACUUGGUUUAAAUUAUGCUGGUGUUAUAUAACACCUGGAACUAUUAUUUGUCUUCUAUUGUUCAUUGUCAUAAAUCAUAAACCAGUUACUUAUGGUACCUAUGAGUAUCCAGGAUGGUCAAUUGCUUUAGGAUGGAUGAUUGCAUUGUGCUCUAUCCUUCCUAUUCCAGUUAUUGCAGUUGUACAAGUAUUAAAGGCAAAAGGAACUUUUAAACAAAGAGUGAUAUCCUGCUUACAACCAACUUAUGAUUGGGGUCCUGCUUUAGAAGAAAAUAGAAUUUCUUACAAGAAAAGUCUUAGCAUUGUAAAGAGUCGGUUUCCACAAAAUGUUGAAUUUGGAAACUUGGGAAGUUGCGAGAAGGGCCAGUCAGAGGAAAUGUGCAUGUUUCCUAAGGAAGAUGUUCAGUUAAACUCUGAAAAUAAUCUUUGAGAAUUAUCGAAUGUGUGAGAUUUACUAAAUAAAGUAAUGAUGUGCUUAAUAAAUUGGAAAGUUGCUGUGCAACUUGGAUACAAAGCGAUUGAGUGGCAGAGCCAGAAAUGAAGGCUAAUAAUCUCAUUGAAGAUUACAUCAAGAAAAAUACAUUUCUUAGUUUUCUAAUCAUUUACAUAGCUUUUUAAAUGACAAUUUUUCUUUUUAAACAUUUUAAUAAUUUUUAUAUAUUUUUUUAUAUCUCCAGUAUUUAAGUUUUUUUUCCUCCUUAUGGAGUAAUUAAUAAAAAAUUUAUACUUUUAUUUCAAAUAAAAAUUAAAAACAAUCGCUGCAUAAUUUUAAAAUCUUUUGACUAAAGAGCUGAUAAAUUAAUGUGUAUAUUAUGCUCUUUUCUUGCAACUAUGGUUUUAUUGAAACUAAAAUUCCAAUUUUUACUUCUUGGACAUAAAACUGUUAAGUUAGGCUUUAGUAAGGCUUUAGAAUUUGUUGUUUAAAAUAGCAUUGAAAGGUAUAGCUGUUAAAUUAGGUUUUUUUCUUUAUAUGAACAAGAUUACAAGUAAAACUAAACAUGCCCUUGUUUAAGACGUGUGUCUGUGGCAUUGAAACGUUUUCUUUUUUUUUUGUUUAGACUCUACUGGAAAUGCAUUAAUAUUUCGAAAAGUAAGUUAGAAUUAUGUUAAUCACUAUUACAAGUCAUCUCUCCUUUUUUUGUCACGUCUAAGUAAUAUUACUAAAGUAUUUUAGUUGUUCAACUCUUUCUUAGAAACUGAUUUCUCAACUGUGAUAUGUGGUUUUAGUUGAAACAAAUUGUCACUGUUUGCCUUUCUAAUGUAAACUGUGUUUUAUACAAAAAAUUAAAUAAAAUAUUUCAAUAACUGA